AGGCCCGAACGAAGCGAAACGGCAACCAGUCGAUCAGUCAGUCGGUAAGCCGUUGGACGCCGCUUGGACGAGUGUUACCCGCCUUGGUGGAGGAGCCUUUGCUGCAAGUUCUGAAAGAGGGAGAGAGUGGCUGGUGGUGCUGUGCUGUUUUUGCUGUUUUUGUUUGACGCGGGAGUCGGUCGCACGACAGGAUCGCUGCGGUAGUUCAGCAGCCGUGCCGUUCAUUCAACCGUGUGUCGUUCCGGCGAGUGGACGUGCUAUCCUCGUGUGGUGCCACCGAUCUAGGCAGGACCUGCAGUGCAUCCCGAGCGAGCAGUUUGAAGUUCUGGACGGAGAUUUUUCGGGCUCAGCUGGGAAGAGAUCGUUCAUUAUAAAGCGGGUGGUGAAGAACAUCCGGUGCAACAGUUUCGUAGUGAUAGUGCGUUCGAGAAGGUGUCGAUCCUGCUGCUAGAUAUUCGGCGAGGGAUUCCCCACAACCAUUCGGUUGGCAGAAAGGGUUCGCGAGUUUAUUGAGGUGACUCCGAUAACUAAAUCCCACGUACAGAGCUUGGCGCAAACAGCAUAUAAAAUCCAGCCCCAUUCCUGUUUGUGCUCCCAGUUGGUUCCAGCUUUUCGGAAGGCGAUCUUCGUGAUCGUGGCUUAACGUUUUUACUUUGACAUCAAAACAGUAGCGUGCGCGUGUGUGUGUGUGUCUGUGUGUAGUGGAGUUAGUUUUGGAUGGAACGUGUCCCUGUUCUAUCUUUUUCGGUGUGAUUCCCGUGCCAAUCGGUGAGAUGCUGCAAACAGUGCCGGUGACUAUAGCGAGUUGUUACGAUCAGGGUGACGAACAGGUACAGUCCGUCCAACUUACGUUCAGGGUGCAACCGUUCCAAUCGGAAUCCAUUGUGUAGUGCGCGUUUUGUUUCGAGCCGUUGUUCAGGCGUUGCGUUCGCGUGUGAAAAUAGUUAAUGUUUCAAAACGGGUGAAAGCAAAAAAAAAUAGUUUAGCAUUAUCAUUCGUCCUGGAGCUCAACAUCAAAAGCUAGUCAUUUACGGCUGGGAUCAGUGAAUUAAAGGGGUAAUAGGAGUAUAGAAUAGAAGAGUGUUAUUUUUUAUUGUUUGGUGCUUUACGUCUUAAUUCUAACGGCGGACGGAGGAGAUUUCUGUGCGAGGUUCGAGAGUUUCUUCAUAAAAAGGCUGACAAAUAGGCUUUCUUUGGCUUUGUUUUGGCAUCGGUGUACAAUACGAGAUCGCAAACCCGCCCCGACCAGCAGUAGAUGCGCACCGCCGGCAAGCAGCACACGAGCCGACCGCCACCGACAGCGACCCUUUGGCGCAGCAGCCGACCGAAGGUCAAACGCGACCCGCGCCACCAACGUCCCGCGCCGUCGGACGCCGUAGUGCGAACGGACCCACUGCCCAACCACACCGGAUACGAUGGGCUUGCACAAAAACUACUUCAAAGUGGGACAGAAUGCUAGCAAUCAGCUGUUUGGUUUGCCGCCCAGCCCGGGUGGCCCGACGCCGCUAUCGAUGCUCAUUUCGCAGGGAGCGAAGUUUAACAGCAAUCGCGUUGCGGUAAUUAUCUUUGGAAUUGUCACCCUCAUCGCCGGUGUGAUCCUAUCGUCCGUGCCUUGGCUAAACAUUUUCAUCAUGAAGAAUCUGAGACUGUGGAACGGCACGAUAAGCUUCCACUACUGGCAGCGUCCGGGUGUGACUAGGCUAACUAAGGUGUACAUAUUUAACGUAACGAACCCGGAGGGAUUCCUCGCCGGUGAAAAGCCAAAACUAGUUGAAGUAGGACCAUUCGUGUAUAGGGAGGAUAUGGAGAAAGUGAACAUUAAGUUUCACGACAACUACACCGUGACGUACCAGCACAAGAAGAUACUGCAGUUCGUUCCUGAGCUUAGCGUAGAUAAGAACCUGCGAAUUACGACACCAAAUAUUCCGCUGCUGACCAUCUCGACCCAAAGCAAGUACCUUAGCUUCUUCGUGGCAAAAACGAUAUCUGUCAUAUUAACCGCGACCAAAUACAAACCGUUCAUCUCACUGACGGCCGACGAGCUGGUAUUUGGGUACGACGAUACGCUCGUCAGCUUGGCCCACCGGUUCUAUCCCCGGAACCGGCGGCCGAUGGAAAAGAUGGGGUUACUAAAUGGGCGAAACGGAACGCUGACGGAGUACGCAACGAUGCACACGGGCCAUACGGGUAUGGAUAAGUUUGGCUACUUUGACAAGCUGAACGGGCUGGACCAUCUGCCGCACUGGGAUGGCGAGCCGUGCCGAAGCAUACAGGCGUCGGAGGGCAGCUUCUUUCCGCCGCGCGACAUCACGCAGAAGGAUACGGUCUACAUCUACGAUAAGGAUCUCUGCCGCACGCUACCUCUGGUCUAUCGGGAACCGGUCGAAAAGGAUGGAAUUUCUGCCGAUCUGUACACACUCGCCGAGGACGCCUAUGGACCACCAAAUGAGAAUAACAGCUGCUUUGAUCAUUCGCACUACAAGAAGUACUACGGACUGCAGAACAUUAGCCCCUGCCAGUACGGCGCACCCGUUUACAUUUCGAACCCACACUUCUACCAGUCCGAUCCACAGCUUCUAGAUGCGGUUGAAGGUCUCGAGCCAAAUGCCGAACAGCACAAAACGUACUUCAAGAUACAGCCGAAACUGGGCGUCCCGCUCGAGGGUCAGGUACGGGUGCAGCUUAAUCUUCUAGUCGAGAAAGCUCCGAACGUGAUGGCAACCAAAGACUUUCGGGAUUUCGUAUUUCCCAUCAUGUGGCUCGAGGAGGGUGUCAGUGAACUGACGCCACCGAUCCGCAGGUGGAUCUAUCUGGCGACGGUGUUCGCGCCGACCGCGCUGCCCAUCCUGUCGUACGGCAUGAUCCUGACCGGUGCGUUCGCCAUGAUCUACGUCUUCGUGCGGGCGUACAAGAACUUCGUCUUUACGGACGAUCCGACGACCGAGCUGCUCGAGAUGGGCCGACGGUCGCUGCGGCGCGGUAGCCAUCUAAUCAGUAACGGCCAGCACCGGAUACUGCAUCGGGACAGCUACAUCCUGCUGAAGGCAAAUGGGGUUGUUGCAGCGGUCGGUGGAGAUUCGGACAUUGCUGGUACGGGGACGGAGGUGGUCACUAGUGGCAACGGUAGCAGCAAUAACAACAACCAUCUACUCCACAACCACAAUCUGCUGCACAGUCAUCAUCAUCAUCUCUACAUACAACCGAAGGACCAAAGUCUACUAGCGGAGGAGGACUCGCCUGCCUAAACGUGUAGGCAGCAACACCACCACCAAUAGAUCCUGCAUAGCAGGAUAAUAUCGUUCCCUCCGUUUUUAUAUUUUAAUUUUUGCUCACACAUUUCUGCCCUAUUUUCUUGAAACGAUCGGGCAAACCGUACCAACCUUGCCAACAAUGUACCUUCUUCCCCGUUUUGUUUAAUUCUACGACCCUCUUCCUGCCCGGAUCGUUUCAAAUGGUGAUAGAGACUGCUGAUUAUUUAAAUUAAUUACUCUUACUCCCGUGCCCCUGAUUUCCUCGUUUUCAAACUCUUUAGUGUACUGAAAAAGCACUCCACUCUAAACAGCGCCAUCUGUGCCGGUUAAGUUAGGUUGCCACUGUUAGCUGAUUGAGUAGUUUGCUUAGUGUGUUAGUAGUUUUGUUUCUCCUUUCUAGUAGUAGCUCUAAUUGUCGUAACGGUCAGGCGUGAAACGUUUCUACCGUUUUGCGUACUGCCAUCCUUAAACCAAUUGCAAACGUCCUCUUUCCGACCACACUACUUCGGCUACUAAGAGCGUUUUGAGUCGUUUUGAUCGGGUCUUCCGUCCAUAGUUUUAUUGAACAAAAUUUCUAUAACCACAGCAAAAAAACAAAAACAAAAAUGCUCAUCCUUCAGUAGGAAUGAUUACGAUCGCUACGGAGAAAGUUGCUCAAACGAUAGGUUCACUCAAUACGGAUAGGUUAGUAGGUUAGAAGUGUCUUUAAGUACUGCCUUCUUUAGGUGACAAGUUUAGGAAGACAAAAUGAAUCACUCCAAAUUCCUUCCACGUCGAUUAGGUGCAUGAUUUUGGUUUAACAAAUUGUGUAGACUCUUACCAUAAAUUCCAUCUCCCCCUUCUGGAUUGCCUGGAUGUUUGGGAAUGUGAGAGAAACUGUUCUAGUAAGUAAGGUGUUAGUGAUAUAAGUGUAGCGAAAACAAAAACACACAACCAGCGUAACGAUGCAAAUGUUUGUUAGGUAUCGUCGAGCGCAAAUUGUGUACCACAGAAUGUAAAUAGAAGUAUAAUGUUUUACUCCAAUAUGUAAAUAAA